CUCCCAAUCAUGGCCGCACCCACCGCCUCCGGCAGUGCCGCCGCGCCGUCGCAGCUCACGGGCGCCCUGACGCCCGACUCGUCGGCCUACGUGCACGAGGAGCACUCCGCCUUCGCCAUUGCCUCGUCGGCGCAGCCCAGCGCGUCGCAGUUCGGCUUCUUUGCGCCCAUCCUCGCGCCGCUGGCGCGCAGCGCGCAGCGCUGGAGCGAUGCGCGCUCGGCGCUCGCGCUGCCAAGUCCCGGCACGGCAGAGGCGCUGCAGCGCGAAGUCAAGAGCACGCUGCUCACCAACUUCAUCUUCGACGGCGCACGCGCCGACCUCACAAAGGCGCUCUCCAUGGCGCCCAUCUUCCAGGUCACGCACGCCUUCAGCAUGGGCGCCCAGCAGGCGCCGCCGAGCUACAACUUUGGCGCCGUGUAUGGCUCGGAGGGCUACUUCCUGCAGGGCGGUCUCGACGACUCGGGCUCGGUGACGGUGCGGUGCAACCGCGGCUGGGCGCCGGGGCAUAUCUCGAAAUUCCAGGGGCAGAUGACGUCGGUGCCGGGGCAGUCGUUUGCGCAGCUGGAGCACGACUACCAAGGCACGGAUCACUCUCUGAACCUCAAGGCGCUGAACCCCAGCCCGACGGAUGGCUCGGGCAUCUACAUUGCCAACUACCUGCAGUCGCUCACGCGCAACUUUGCCGUCGGCGUCGAGGCCAUCUACCAGCGGCCCGACGGCGCGGCGCAGGAGGCGGCGCUGGGCUACAUGGCCAAGUGGACGAGCGAUGCGCGCGACGCCAUCGCCACGAUGCAGCUGCAGGGCCAGGGCGUGGCGCAGCUCACCUACUGGCAGAAGCUGGCCGACAACGUGUCGACGGCCGCAGACCUGCAGGUCAUCACGGCCGGCGGCAGGAGAGACGCGCAGGCGACGCUGGGUGCCAAGUGGGACUUCCGCAUGGCCACCUACCGCGCGCAGGUCGACAGCACGGGCAAGAUCUCGUCGCUGCUCGAGACGCGCCUGGCGCCGACGCUGGCCCUCACCUUUGGCGGCGAGAUCGACCACUUCAAAUCGGCGGCCAAGUUUGGCGUGGGCAUCUCGCUCGAGUCGGCCGGCGGCGACCUGGCCUCGCUGGACCCCAACGCGCCGCAGCCGACGCCGCCGAGCGUGCCGAUGUGAGGCAGCUGGACAGAAGACAGAGACGGGCAGGGCGACAAGGCGAGCAAGCAUGCUUGCAGGGGAUGCAGGACCAGGGCAUCGAUUCUAGACUUCACCACUCCACUCCUGCGUCGCUGCUCGCGCGAUGCGCAGCAGCUCGCAACUCCACUCCCAUCGAUCACCACCCCCCUCUCACUCGCUGGCUGCGGCGGUACCCGACGAGCUUCUCGCUGCGCUUCACGGCCACAAAAUACGAACUGGCAUGCCACUGGCGUCUGAUG